CACCGGGACAGAUUCGAGACUUGAGGGCCAGACAGAGAAAAUACAGGAUCAGGUUGAGGUUGAUACCACUACUACUACUACCGACCUUCUACCUUCUUCUUUUGCUACAUCUCCUUCACAUUCACAAUUCACAAAUUCAUACACGCUUUUGCCUUUCCAUACUCCUUUUGGUUCUUUGAUUUCGGGUCCCAAGCACUCUGGCACCUUUCUCUUUCUUUGAGUUUUUCUUUUUUUUUUGUUUAUUUAUUUUUUUUUUGGGGGUGGGGGGUUGGACGUGGAAACUGGAAACGAAUCGAUCUCUGGUCUGCUUAAUUUCUCUUCCCGUUAUAUUCUUGUUCGAAUUCUUCUUCUUCUGUCUGCUUUCGUUGUUUUUGUUCCCCCUCGAGUCAGAGUUCAGAUAUGGGGAAGAGUACGGAUUUGGACAUGGAAGAGAAUGGUGUUUGUUCGAAGCCGGUUACUGGCGGUCGAGAUGUUUGGAGUUCCAAGGAUGCUGCUUCUUCAGCUGAUCAUCUUGUUAUCAUGGUCAAUGGAAUUCUUGGAAGUUCGACCGACUGGAAGUUUGCAGCUGAGCAGUUUGUUAAAAUGCUCCCUGACAAAGUCAUUGUUCAUUGUAGCGAAAGAAAUGUAUCUAAGCUGACAUUAGAUGGCAUAGAUAUCAUGGGUGAGAGAUUAGCUGAGGAGGUCAUCGAAGUAACUAAACAAAACCCAGGUUUGCAGAAGAUUUCUUUUGUUGCACAUUCUCUUGGAGGGUUGGUAGCAAGAUAUGCUAUUGGAAAAUUGUAUAGACCUUCUAAAAGAGAAAAUACAGAAGUUGGAUCUACUGAUGCAUGUGAUGAAAAUUCAAGAGGCACGAUGUGUGGUCUGGAAGCAAUGAAUUUUAUUACUGUUGCAACACCUCAUCUUGGUUCAAGGGGUAACAAACAGGUUCCAUUUCUAUUUGGAGUGACUGUCUUUGAAAAAGCUGCAUGCCAUGUUAUUCAUUGGAUAUUUGGCAAAACAGGCAUACAUCUAUUUCUUACUGAUUCUGAGGAAGGGAAGCCUCCAUUGCUACGGCGCAUGGUGGAGGAUUGUGGUGAUCUCUAUUUCAUGUCUGCCCUUCGGACAUUCAAACGGCGUGUAGCAUAUUCAAAUGUGGGCUAUGAUCAUAUUGUGGGUUGGAGAACAUCAUCAAUCAGACGUAACAGUGAACUUCCAAAGUGGGAGGAUUCUCUAAGUGAUAAAUAUCCACAUAUUGUAUAUGAAGAGUACUCCAAAGCAAAUUAUAGUGAGGGACCCAUUUCAAAGGAGGAAGGUUCUGAUAUUCUAGAAGAGGAGCUGGUGACUGGUCUCUCGCGUGUCUCAUGGGAAAAGGUAGAUGUUAGCUUUCACAGUAGCAGACAGAGGUUUGCUGCACAUAGUGUCAUUCAGGUGAAAGAUCACUUCAUGCAUUCGGAGGGUGUAGAUGUCAUACUACACAUAAUUGAUCACUUCCUCACUUAGAUAUGCAGGAAUUGCCAAGAAAUUACUCUGUCUUAAAAUGGAAGAAAAUCAUGUCUUCAGUUUGGAUGGUUUGCCAGGUAAACCAUGAUGGGCUCUUGGCUCCAGGGCCCAAGUUUGAAGAUGGUUGUUGUAUAUAGGCCCUUUCUCCAAUUGAAGACCAUUGCAAUCAUCGACUUAAUGGCGCUCUAAGUGGGGGAAGCAAAAGAAAAUAGAUGAGAAAGAUUUUACUCAUUCAUUAUGUAACACAUGUAUUAUCAAAGUAUACAUAUUUAUCGAUAAAUGUGAAUUGCAUUUAACCUUUUACAUU